UCCGUUUAGACACAGUUGCCUAACAAUUCCUUUCAUUUUUCGAAACAAUUACCAGUUUUUGUAAAUAAAACUAACGAGUAUUUAAAAUUAUUAGCAAAGUGCAACCAAUCACCAUAUACCACACGAAACAUGCUGAGGCUUCUUCAACCGAUCAAAUUGCCAUCGCCAAAAUCUUGCCCCCGAAACUAUCUACAUGGACUCUCCACGGUGCGCGUCAAGCGCUCGUCCAGACAACAACACGCCUCGGAGAGUCGCCACUGCAGAGGCAUCCACCACAUCAUCCGAGGCAGCGGCUCCACUAACAUGUGCAGGCCACGCCCACGACUGUUGCACAUCAAUCGAUUCAACGGCGGCAACGAUGGAAGUACUGGCAACAAUGGCAACAGUGACAACUCCAAAAACAACUCGGAAGAUUACAAAUCGCAAACGGACGAGAGCCGGACUUUGAGGUGGGGCAUAGCACCGGUCAGCCUCAUGGCAAAUGAUUUUGCCACCGCCUUGAGUGUCCUGCCACCGCAUCGCCAUGAGAUCGUCUCUUGUGCGGCGGCCUAUCGUUCGCAUGCCCUUGCCUUUGCGGAUAAAUAUGAAGUGAGGAACGUGUACACCAGCUUUGAGGAUCUGGCCAGGUGUCCAAGUGUGGAUGUUGUGUACAUAUCGCCGCUGAAUCCGCUGCACUGUGAACUUUGCCACCUGAUGCUGAACCACGACAAGCACGUGCUGUGCGAGAAACCGAUCUGCAUGAGCGAGUCAAAGGCAGAGAAGCUGCUGCGGAAAGCCCAGGCCCGCGGUCUCUUCCUCAUGGAGGGCAUGUGGCCACGCUGUGUGCCCGCCUAUCAUUAUCUGCGCCACCAGAUCCUGCGCAAUCGCUUGGGCGACGUCCAGAAUGUUCACUGCACCCUCGGUCUGCCCGUGUCGCAGAGUAAGUUGGCCCUCUACGGGGGUGUGACGAGCGAUUUCGGUGUGUACGGGAUACAGCUGGCGCUGUGGGUGUAUCGGGAAGUGCCGGAGAAGGUGCGGGCCACGGGGAAGCUCAACGAGGAGAAUGUGGACGUGGUGGCCAAUAUAGAGCUGGCUUUUAGCCACAAUCGCUGGGCCAACAUCGAGGUGAGUGCCGAGGAGAAGCUGAGCAACAAAGCCAUCAUCCAGGGCAAGGAGGGCUGCAUCAAGAUGGCCAACUAUUGGUGUCCCACGCGUCUCAUUACCGAGGACACUGACUACGAGUUCCCACUGCCUGGCGGCGAGGAGGUCAUCACCCACUAUCACAACCGCCUGGGCAUGUGCUACGAGGCGGAGGAGGUGCGAAACUGCAUCCUGAACGGCAGCACCCAGAGCGAGCUGUUCAACCAUAACGAGAGCCGACUCCUGGCCAACCUAAUGGACAGCAUCCACGCCCAACUGGGAGUGGGUCGCAGCACCGAAGUCUAUACCAAAUUUAAGCUGGAGCACGAUUCAAAAAAUGCCACAGAGGCUGCCACCGAUCGGGACACCAGCGAAACAGUAAAUAGUAAGACGAAGAAGAAAGGCGCUGGUUCAUAGAGCGGGUGGGAGGGGGCAGCUAUCUGUUGGAUACACUUACAUAUGUAUGCGAUUUUCUGUUUAGUGUUUAUGUUAUAAAGAUG